UCUGGAACUGCACUGCUGGGAAGUGGGGGCCAAGAGGGUUCCCACGGCUCUUCAGACAGAAAGUCUAGUCAAAACAUUGAGUCCAGGUUCACUGAGAUAUGAAUCUCAAAAAAACACAGCAGAAAGCAAUCAAAGAAGGUGUUCAAGGUCAAUGUUUGACCCAAACACACACACACACAAAUUAAUUAAUUAAUCAAUUAAUUAAUAGAAAAGGACUGGCAAGAUGGCUCAGUGUAAAAAGGUCCUUGCCACUAAUCCUGAAGACCUAAUUUCUAUCUGUGUAUGUCCAUGGAGAAAGGAGAGAACCAAGGCCUGAAAGUUGUCCUUUGACCUCCAUGUGUGCACCUUGACAAGCACAGACCCCUGCACAAUAAACAAACAAACAAACAAACAAAUAAAAAUUUAAAAGAACUGUUAGAGAAAAGACACCCAGUGAGUCUCACUGGCUUCCCCUGGUGAGGUCCAUCUCAUCUGUAACCUGAACCCUAAAUGUUUGCAAACAGCAUCUCCACUUCUCACAGUGAAGGACUGCUAGGAGACUCCACAGCAAAGGAGCGGCAUGCAGGUCAAUAGCCACGCCCCUGGUAGUGGUUUGGAGCUGAGACAAGAAGGCUCUUUGUGGGGCGCAUGUGCAGAAACUAGACACCACAGCCACCAUUCCCAUACCCCUGACAAGCAGUAGUACCUGCCAGUCAAUUCCUCCUUAAAGAUAGAAAGUACAAAUGCAUCCUUCAUGUGCAUCAAUAGGCUCACCCAGGGCAGCCAGGAAUUGCAGCUUAGGCAGGGUCUUAGCCUAGAGUUCUUAUCCUCUUAGGCCAACUUCCUCCCUUGGUAACCAGCAAUGUCACCCAGGUCAGUCAGAGAAGGUCACCACCUGCCUGGACUUUCUAACACAAACAUCCUUUCUGAGAAAGUCUUUGCCUGCACUCUCUAAGCAAUAUGGACAGCUCAGCCUCUGAGCCUUCACCACACACCUUUCUCUCACAGACGCCAAACCCAGAAUAGCAGGAGUCUAAUAGUACUUCAUCAAGGAGGGGGGGGAGCUGUUCAAAGGCUGAGUUUAAGAAAAUCAAUGAAAAUAUAAUGCUUUGACAUGUCAUUUUAACAUAAACUAUUAUUCACCGGGUAUAUUUUUCCUCCAACUCAGUUUUUAGUGCUUUGGAAACCAAAAUUUUUGUCAUUUAGAAAAUAAUCUAAGCAUUUCCCAUUGCUUCUCUGAACUGUAGGAAUAACAACAUUUUUCAAAAUAUUUCCACCACAAGUUAUGAACAUGGUCUGUAUGUGUUCGGUUUUAAACCAUAGCAGCAGUUACAUUUAAAUGUUGUUUAAAUAGUGUAUCUAAAUAGGAAGUGAAAGGGGAUCAAGUCUGAAGCAAUCUCCCCAGACAGCCCCCCUCCUCCCCCACACCCCACCUCCACUCCUGCCACCAUUUAACUCUUCCAGGCCCAGAAUCAUUUCAGGACCAACUCUCAAUUCACUUGUGCCAAAAUAUGUUCAAAUAUAGGAAGGAGAAACAUAAUCGCUUCAUAACUGAAGGGAAAAAAAUCUAAGCUUUGGUUUGAAAAAUUAAAAACUACUAGGAUGACCUACCGCAACCCAAAUGCUUCAAACAAUCAAGACACCGACAUUCAACAAUGAAUCUCAAACCAGAGAUGCCUCACCAUUAGACUGGCCACAGGGCAUCAGCUCUGGAGACAGUCAUGGCCAGAGCAAGAUCUCAGACAGAGAUAUGGCUCAAGUCCAGAGGUCAAGGACAGUAACAGACAGCUUAUUGAGAAAUGACAAUGAGGAAGAGGACAGCUGCAGGGGGGGGGGGUCUAACCUAUCUCUUCCCUUCUAAAAAGUACAUGGCUUUGGGCUGAAUCACCCAAAGUUACCAACUCAGCUCUCCACUUGCCAUGGUCUGUACCUAGAAAGCAAUCUACUGCUCAACAGGGAACGUUAUGGACAUGAUACUUAACUUUGGGGCACAACAAAGGAAGACCACUGUGAAUUAACUGUGAGUGAUAACCAAUGGUUAAGUAGGCACUGCUCCUUCCUUUCAAACAGUUAAGGAGGGUCACAGAACACACCUUUCCUACUGUAGCACUGCUGGAAUGGCACCUGGACGCCCCAGCGCCCCACAAGCAUUCUGUCUUAGUCAGGGUUUCUAUUCCUGCACAAACAUCAUGACAAAGAAGCAGUUGGGGAGGAAAGGGUUUAUUCAGCUUACACUUCCAUACUGCUGUUCAUCACCAAGGAAGUCAGGACUGGAACUCAAGCAGGUCAGGAAGCAGGAGCUGAUGCAGAGGCCAUGGAGGGAUGUUCUUUACUGGCUUGCUUCCUCUGGCUUGCUCAGCCUGCUCUCUAGUAGAGCCCAAGACUACCUGCCUAGAGAUUGGGGGGGGGGGGGCGCACAAGGGGCCUUUUCCCCUUGAUCACUAAUUGAGAAAAUGCCUUACAGCCUUACAGUUGGAUCUCAUGGAGGCAUUUCCUCAACUGAAGUCCUUUCUCUGUGAUAAUUCCAGCUAUGUCAAGUUGACACAAAACUAGCCGGUACACAUUCUGAGAAGCAUUCUGAGAGACAGGGACGUAGCUCGGGCAUGCAAACACUCCCACCUGCUCCCCUGACAUUUGUUAUUGAAAAAGUAAAUCCCACCUCUGCAAUGACUUUUUCAGUACUGAACUUGUGUUGUUGUUGUUGUUGUUGUUGUUGUCGUUUGGUUUUGUUUUUCUUGUGCUAAAAAUUCACUCAAUUGGGGCGGGGGGCACUCCUUGUGCAGAUAAGCAGAGCAGGAGCUGCUGCAGCCGCUAGCAGACCCACUAACCAUCAGCAGGCAGGACUGUGCACAUUGAAGGGAUUGCAGCAAAGAGAGUGCCAGACGCCUAGGGCGUGGCUAAGGGCAAGCAAGACUCAAACCACACCCAUCGCAAGGGUCGCAAGGGUUCCCCACACACAACCCCACCCCCCAGUAUAUUUGCCCACAACCAGGAAGACAGGAGCACGAGCCGCUGCUGCACCAGCGCACAAGACUCCAGAAUACCUUCUGUCCAGUCCGAGGCUGAUCAAAGGCAGCCCCAUGCUUUGUAAGCCUUCACCCCAACAUUCUCUAACCUAAGGAAAAACUUCCCGACCUCGGCAGACAAAAACUGUAACAGAUUCAGAUCCCUGAAAGUCCCCUAAACCUCAAAUGCCAGUCUUCCAAACAGACCAGCUGUCUCUCCAGAAUACUCGCCCCACUCCGAGAGACCAUUCACAGAGUCUGGGACAGAAACCCUAAAUCAAGAAAUGUGGCUAGUCACGGCGGGAGAGCGGUCAGUUCCUUGGGUGGGCCAAAGAGAAGGAGGCCUCUGACUUCGGAGAUACCAGCACGCAGCCGCUGCACUGCUCCCGCCCUUAGUCUUUGCAGUGACCCCACCCAGGUCGUGACCCUCUGAAGACCUCCAGCGUUGGCGUCCCCAGACUCCGCCAACCCCCAACACGCAGCUUUGGACGCCGCAGCUGCGUCCUGGAUCUUCGCUGGAUCCUAGCUUUGCAUCGCCCAGCUGCGAACAGAGCGCACCGGGUCCGGCUCCGGGCUGCCAGCCCCAGGCAGGCAGCGGGACGCAGCGCCCGCAGUGCGACUGGCACGGCUGCCGGGGCGCGCCGCCUGGACCCGAACUGGCUGGUGAAUCGCACCUCCGGCCCACUGAAGCUUCAAGCUCCACGAGCCUCACCCCGCGACUGGGCAGAGGACUGGUCGGAGAUCCAAAAGGGUGCAGGCGGCUACCGGAACAGGAUAGAGAUGAGAACUGGACCAAGAUCCAAUUACUCCGUUUUGGGAUAGAGGACCAGACCGCGGCGUGAGGGACCUCUAAGAUACGGGAAGAAAGAGUCUGACCAAAGCCUAAGGACCCUGCUCCAAAGAUGACCUACUAUGAAAAAUGCAUUGAGAUUGUGAUAAAGCAGCUUGACAAAUUUAAGCCUGGAAAGGACAAUCCUGAGCAAUUCGUGGAGACAGUAUUCACCUCCUUACAGCAGACUCUGAGCCCACAGAAGUUUGGGUUUGUUUUGGAGGUUCUGUCUGGCUGCCUUGAAUACCACAAGUUACUGACCAUCGUGGUGGAUGCCUUCUAUGCACGGGAUGGCCAUACCUGCCUGUGGUCCGACUACAGCCUCUUUGAGGUGAUCUGCUACCUGGCCAUCUUCCAGCUGGAGGAGCUUGGCUUCCAGCUUUUCUGCAGCAUCAUCAAGUCUCAGCCUGUUCGUAAGAUGUGCAAGUUCCUCAGAUUCUUCUUUAACCCCUUGAACCUGAGCUCAUGGAUCAAAGACGAGUGGAGCCUCAUCUACGAAACAGCCCAUGUGAUGGAGAACUGGAUUGACCCUCUGUUGAGAUGGCAGCCAGAGGUCCAGAAGCUGAUCAAACAACUGGAGGGAGUACCAACCGAUCAAAUUCCUGUCUUGAAGACCAAGGCCAAAGUCACAGUGCCCAAGGAAUUCAACCUGACUGUCCCAAGGCCCCGCGCCAUUACAAUGCCUGAGCCUGUCCCCACUAUGGACAAGCCGAGACCUGUCCCUCAGAGCACCUAUAAGGAGCCCAAGGAGCAGAAGCUUCUGCAGAUCAUCAAGACAUGCAACCGCCGGACAGCUGAGGAGCUGCUGCUGAAAGCCAACAUGGAAGAGCUACAGUGUGCCAUGCCCCGGGUGCAGAGGGAGCCACAAGAACAGGACGUGGAGAAGCAGCUGUGGCAUCAGUCAGUACCCCACAUCCGUAGGACUCCAAAUCUGACCUUCUAUAAGCCUAACAACCUCCCGGUCAAGCUGAACACAGCCACCAUCCUUCGAGAAGGGGCCUUAUACCAGCGGCAGGUGGAGAAGGAGCUGCAGAGAGUUGAUAAACUUGUGGAUGGGGCUGGGGACUUCUCUGAAUUCCUUAAGUGGCAGAAGAAGAUGCAGGCACAGGACCUAGAGGAGCAGCUGGCUGCAGGCGAGUGCCGGCGGCUUCAGGGAAAGCUGAGCCACGAGGAGGCCAUCUUGGCCCGGCAGAACCUCAUGCAGGAAAACAAGCAGAAGGCCGACCGGCAGAAGGAGGAGACAGCUGAGCUAAUGCUGCAGUGUGCUGAGAGGCGCUUGCAAGAGGAGAAGGCCAUGAAAGAGCUGGUGGAGCAGGUCACAGAGGCACAGAAGAAUGUCAAGAUAGUCCAAACGAAGCUCGUGAAGGGCCGGCAGCAGAUAGUUCAGGAGGUGAUAGAGGAGAGCCGGGAGUUGCUACAGCGUAGUGCAAAGGAAGCCAAAGAGGAACAGAAGCGUCGCUGUGAGCUCAUUGCUCACCUUCGUGCCAUGGAGACACAGCCCACACGCAAGGGGAAGCUGGUGGACCUUACCCAGAUCCCAGGCUAUGGUCUGGAAGGUGAGAUGUCUGUUGUGGAACUUCGAGAACGGCUGGCCAUGCUCAAAGAGACCCAGAAACGAGAGCAAGAGGAGAAGCGGGAUCAAAUCAUCCAGGACAAACGAGCCAAGAGCCAAAUGAUACAGAACACAGUGGAACAGAUCUCACUGUGCCGCGCAGCCAUGGGCAGGACCGCAGCCUUGAGGUGGGAGGAAAAGAAGGCCCAGGCUACAAGCCCUGGGACACCCUCCCAGGAUGAGCGCGUGCUGGAGCUGAAGCGCAAAAUGGAGGAGAGGGCAGCUGAACGCCGCAGGCAGACAGCACCGCAGCUCACGUCACCGCCCCGGGCCCUACGUCCAAAUCAGCGGGCGCAGGAGGAGAUGCAGCACUGGCUGGAGCUGGACCAGAGUCGAGAGCGCAGGCUGCGGGCAAGGCAAGAGGCAAAUCGCACCUGCCACGCUACCCAUCACCUAGAGGCUUCCUGAGUCACCUGGCAGCCCCACGCCAACACUGCAUGCAGCUGCCGACGUGAGCCCCCCUGCCCCUACCCCUAUGACAGUGGCUCUCUUCCUCCACCCCUGCCACAAAGCUUACCCUCUCCCCAGCUCCAGCCUGCUCCUGUAUGGUUGCUCCAGAAAAAAAAGUGUGGUAGUGUUUAGAAAUGCUGAACAAAAAAGUACUCUUCCUCUGGACUGCAACUGGCUACCACGUUUUUAUAUGCCAAACCUGGCUCUUCCCUAUGUCCAACAAGUCUUUUCAUAGGACUGGAAGCACCAAUCUCCUCCCAGAACCAGUUGAUGUGCCUGGGACCCCGCAUAUAAGUGUGAGAUUGCAAAUGCGGUCAAAUUCUUAAGCAUAUGCUCAGGACAGGCCUUUCUCAUGUCUCUCGUGGAUCAUCACAGCAAUCACAUCACCCAGCAACUAUAGCCCACUCAUCUCCUGUUCUGCUAAUGAGGCCACCUGUCCUCAAAGAGGCGACUCUGGCUUAAGCUAACUGGAGGUACCUUUCAGGGUCCUCUCUCCAUUAUCAUCAAGAGCCCAAAUCCAACAAAAUUGGAUUUGUGGACAGUGGCUCAACAGGGCAGAUCAGAUAAAUUCUAAGUUUCUCGCCUUACUGCUGCUCUGUGCUGGGGAAAGCUGGACUUUAAUAAUAGGUGUGUGCCUGCCAGUGAAACUUAGCCUAGAGAAUAAAGCUGCAUUGUGACGUUUGGUUCUUAGGAAAAAGAUGGUGGGCAAGUACUGGGGAGGGAAUAAGGCAAGGAGAAACUACUAGAUGGGUAGAUGUUCAGGAGAGAGAAGACAUCACCACACCUUGACCAUCCUCAGAUCUACAGAGGUCCCUCGGGUGGUAAGGCAGUCUUACCCCAGGGUACUUCAGACCAAGAAAGACUCUUAGCAUUGACGGGAACAAAUUUGUCUCAGAGUUCUAUCCCAGUAUUGUAGAACUAACAGAAUUCCAAGGCUCUUGUACAACUCUGGCAGGGGAGUGGGAGGUGUUUAGAGGUUGCUAGGGACAAAGGAAUCCUUGUCUCCCUGUUGAAUUAGAAUUGGGGGCAGAUUCAGUUUUACUUAAAUAAGAAUCACAUUUC